AUGUCUGUUAACAAACCAUGGGCUGAUCCAAAAGACGGUGCUUUCAAGAGACAAGUAUCGUCUUUCAGAGAAACAAUUUCCCCUAAUCAUCCAGUUUUCAAACCAGCAAACGGUCGGUAUUGGUUGUACGUGUCGUUAGCAUGUCCUUGGGCCCACCGUACGCUAAUCACCCGCGCGUUGAAGGGCUUGACCUCUGUGAUCGGAGUUUCUGUUGUGCACUGGCAUAUGGACUCUAAGGGAUGGAAAUUCUUCCCCGAUGAGUCGCAAAGCACUUCCAGGGAUUUGUGCUUUGAGCCCAGUGGGGGUGUAAAAUGUCUUCCUCAGUCCCACUCUACCAAAGGGCUCACUCCAGAGACCUACAGGGCAGGAAUUGACGGGACCAUCGAUCAUAACUAUAACUUUAAAAGGCUGAGCGAGCUUUAUUACAAGGCAGAUCCUGACUACGCUGCGAGAUUCACCGUUCCAGUUCUAUGGGAUCUAGAGACAAAGACUAUUGUCAACAAUGAAAGCUCAGAGAUCAUUCGAAUUUUUAACAGCGGCGUAUUUAACGAGUUCGCAGACCCAAGUGUACCCUCGAUUGACCUGCUGCCCAAGGAGCUAGAAAGUGAAAUUGAUGAAGUCAAUGGGUGGGUCUACGACAACAUUAACAAUGGCGUUUACAAAGCAGGAUUUGCUGAAAAGCAAGAUGUGUAUGAGCAUGAAGUUAUCAAUAUUUUCACGCACUUGAAAAAACUAGAAGAAAUUCUCCAAAACAAGUACGUUAAACUUGUUGAGAAAUAUGGGGAGCAAGAAGCUUUGUCCAAACUGUUCGUGGUCGGCGAGCAGCUUACCGAGGCUGAUGUACGUCUCUAUCCAACAAUUGUGAGAUUCGACCCCGUUUACGUCCAGCACUUUAAAUGCAACAUAUCUACAAUCAGGGAUGGAUUUAAGAUGGUUGACUUAUGGCUGAGAAAUAUCUACUGGAACUAUGAACCUUUCCAUUCUACUACUAGCUUUGACCACAUAAAGCUGCAUUACACUAGAAGCCAUACGCGAAUCAAUCCAUUGGGAAUAACUCCGUUAGGUCCUAAGCCGGACAUAGGAUCUUUGUAA